AUGGUGCGCCACUGUGUCAGGAGCCCCAGCCCGUACCUUCUGCUGGAGCACUGCACCCAGGAAGGGGUGAAGCAAGAGCAGGACGAGGAGCAGGGCCAAGGCCAGACCCAGAAUCCGGAAAACGUCGGUGUGGUACGGAGGCGGCCCAGGGGCCCUACCCGCUGCCGUCCCCCCACUCGCCAGCAGAGAUGCUCCCGCAAAAGGCAGUCCAGGGUGCAUUCAGGAGGUGUCCGGCGUCGCCGCCGUCGGAGACGGGUCAGCCGGCGUCGGGGACAGCCCCGUCGGGGCUCGGCUCGCUGCAGAUCUGGCCGGAGAACAGCCAGAGGCUCUUGA